AUGUGGGAAUCAGUCGAGCUGACACGUGUACAUCCUUGGCUCUCCCGUGAUGCGCGUUCCCAAAUGCUGACGAUAAAAUUUAAAAAAAAUCAUCCAGCUGUAGCACCCUUUCGGUGCCUAGCUGCCAUGCCACACGAAGGAGGCACGAGGACUGGGAUACUGCCAGGUCGCCCAAGCCUAGACAGAGGAAUAAAUUCGCUCUCUAACCACUUGGGCCAUCUCACCCCUGCUGACGAAGCUUUUGAGGUAUCUGGAUUCCAUAAACGAACCCUGGAUAGUACUCACUUUCUCGCAUACUUUAAGUGCCUAGUGCCAGAAAAAAGACUGACAGAACGGAACACAACAGCUAUAUUCCGAACAAGUGAGUGCGAGAGCGUGAGAGCGUGUGAGUGCGAGAAUACAACGGUCUCAAGCUAUUUAUUGGAGGGACACUUAGUCCGAUGCUGA